GCUCAUCGGAUCCUGCAGGCCCUCAGACGCUACGUCCGAGCGGAGAACAAGGACCGGCAGCACACCAUCCGUCACUACCAGCACGUUCUGGCUGUGGAUCCUGAAAAAGCUGCUCAGAUGAAGUCACAGGUGAUGACCCACCUGCGGGUGAUCGAGGAGAGGAUGAACCAGAGUCUGUCUCUGCUCUACAAAGUCCCGUACGUGGCCGAGGAGAUCCAGGACGAAAUCGACGAGCUGCUCCAGGAGCAGAAGGCCGACAUGGACCAGUUCCUGUCCUCCAUCUCCGAGUCGCAGCCGGACGUCACCGUGUCAUCGUCGGAGGAGGAGGAGAGCGUGGAGGUCCCUGCAUCAGAGGCCAAACAGUACCGGCCCAUCAAAGUCACGUCGCUGGGGUCUCACAACGAGCCUGAAGGCGAUCUGUCAGAUUCCCCUCGAGGCUUCAAGAAAGGCUCCGCCAUGGCUGGUCUGGACGGUCUGAUCGGCGCCGAGGAGAGGAUCAUCAACGCCAAACCCAAAACCGAGGAAAACGUGGUGAUUGAUGAGUCUCUGGAUGUUAAAGAAGUGGUUUACAGUGCUGAGAGAGUCAGCGUUAUGCAUGAUGAUGAGCUGGACACUUACCGGCCCCUGGGAGAGGACUUCAGCUUUGGCAGCACCGCUCUGUUUGGCCUGCUGAUGAUCGCCGUGGCCAUAGCUACAGUGAUUGUGAUCAGCCUGGUGCUUCUGAGGAAAAGGCAAUAUGGCACCAUCAGUCACGGCAUCGUGGAGGUGGACCCCAUGCUGACCCCAGAGGACCGACACCUGAGCAAGAUGCAGAACCACGGCUACGAGAACCCCACCUACAAAUACCUGGAGCAGAUGCAGAUCUAACCGCAGCCUGCAGAAAACCGAGCGGGGAACAUACUACUGACCAAUAACACAUGCAACGCUCUUGUUAAAAACCAUUUCUACACAUCCAAACGGCAUUUUACCGGUUUGUUCGGAAACAAUCCUUAAGUAAAAGCUACUACUGCUACUGUUGUACUAUAGAGCUCUUUUUGAUCAUGUUUAUUUAGAGAAGUUUGCAAAAAAUAAAAUGAUCCAUCUGUAACUAUCAGCACAAAUCAAGAUGUAUAACAUUUCUUCCGAUGUUUGUUUUUUUUUAUUAUUAUUAUGUGAGAGGAAAAUCAGACUAAUGUUUACGACACGACUCUUGGGUUUUUCCAUUCUUGCGGCGUGUCGAUGGUGAACCUUCUGACGACUAAAUCAUCAGUGUUUUAAUUUCUUCUUUUUAAUCUUGAUAGAUUGCUUGUAUAUUAAGGUUCUUUGUACCGAUUAUUAAAAUGUUUAGUGAGAACAACAAAAUGGAGAAAAAAAAGUGAAAUGAUUUCUUUAUGAUACAAGAUAUAAGAUUUAAAUAUGAAUAUAUAAGAUUAGAGGUUUUUAUUCCAUGGUUUUUUUGUUUUUAUUUCACAGGGAGGAGGUUUAUUGGAGGGUUUGUAGUUUUUGCUCGAGGGUGAAGGUUUGCACAGACCCCCCAGCUCAAACUCUAAACUUUGACUAAACUGAAUGAAUGAAUGUGAUCAUUUCCCCCUCCGACACACACAGGAGCAGGAUGAAUUAGUUUGAAUGUAUUACUUCCCUCACCUUACAUUCAAUAAGUUCCUUUAAGGCGUUCAUUUGUUUAAUUUUGUGUCAAAAAUUCCUUGGAUUUAUUUAUUUUUUUAAUAUACAAACUAAAAAAGAAAACUUGGGAGACGAUGCUCACCCUCGUCGAUGUUGACCGGUAUGCACAAAUACAUAUCCAAUCGUAAAUUACCGAAGAUGCAAUUUUUCCUAAAAUAGAAAUGCCCAGCCAGCCCUGGGUCAAAGCAUGUUAUUUUAUUUUAUUUUAUUUUAUAUUUUUUGGAGCUGGAGGGCUGUGCAGGCAGAGAUGCACAGAAAGACCAGGCUUAGAGAACAAAUUUAAAAAAGCAAAUGUGUGUUUUUACAGGUGAAGAACGACACAAACAAGUGAAUCCUGAUCCUCUUUUCUCUUAGUAUUGUCCGUGUAUGCCUGUAUAGUUGAUGUUGCAAUCAUGGCUUUUAUUUUUAUUUUUACCCCCCGGAGGACUUUCUGUGGUGUGCAUUGUUCUUAUAUGAACUUAUAUGAAAAAUGUUUUUAUUUCUAGUUUUUGUUCCUCUUCCUGUGACAGUAUAUCCGUAUGUGACUGUCUCACUAUGCACCCAAACAGCUUCAAUCUUGUAAACUGCCUGCUUGAUUGUGGAAGAGGACUGGGGACUAUAAUUCUAAUUAUACAUAAUAUUAGUGAUUUAAAAAAAUUAUCAACAUCAAUGGAAACCGAUCUAAGAUUACAAAGGGGGAUACACUUCAAUAAACUCACAACAAACAAA